AUGAUGGUUUUACGAUCGUGUAAGCCAAAUGAGUUCAUGUGUAACGGAACAAUUGGGGGCGCAGUACAGUGCAUACCACGACGUCACUUCUGCGACGGUGAACGUGACUGUGAUGACGGAAGUGAUGAGCCGGCCUCAUGUGGGCGUAGGCAAUGUAGUGAGUGGCAGUUCCGCUGCGCCAGUGGUCAGUGCAUUCCACGCAACUGGACGUGCAACGGUAUUUCGGACUGCUCCGAUGGCACCGACGAAACAGUAACUCUUUGUGGCGACCCCUCAAGGGGAGGCUGCGGUGCCGAAAUGUUCCAGUGCGCCAGUGGAAUAUGUAUUGAUGCAACACUCAUUUGCAACACCAAAAAUGAUUGCGGUGACAGUUCGGAUGAGCCACUUUCAUGCAAUGUUGAUGAAUGCCUGGAUUCACCGUGUGAGGAUCGCUGUGUCGAAUUACCAAUAUCGUACAGAUGUGAAUGCACGCCGCCUCGGGUGAUUAGCAGAUAUGACAAUCGAUCCUGCAUUUGUAAGCCUUUUCGCGCUUUUUCACUUCAGGCAGCUGAUGUUGUUACUGAAAAGAUACACAUCGGUCGCCUUUAUUUAAAUAUGCUUCGCUUUUCAAGUCAAAUGACUUAUUAA